AUGAAUCUCAAGAUGCCGGCCGUCCCGGAUGAACCAACACUUGAGGCUGUUCAAGAAAAUACUCGAGAGGCAAUCAAGUCACUCUUUGCCUUUCUCCAUGCCCAGGGCCAAGGCGACUACCUCGGGGAACGGGUAACCCAGCUCGAGCAUUCACUGCAAUGUGCUCAUUUGGCAACCGAGUCCGCAGAAUACGGCCAAGAUAUUGAAGUUAUCCUAGCUGCAUUACUGCACGAUGUCGGACGCUUCAUUCCAGCUGCUGAAAAAAUGGGCAAGAUGAUUACCCCCGAAGGUCAAUACAUUGGCCGACAGAGCCACGAGAUUCUGGGCGAGUCUUACUUGCGAUCCAUUGGAUUCAGUGAGAGAGUGUGUCAGCUGGUUGGCGCACAUGUCAUGGCAAAGCGGUAUUUGGUUGCUACGGAUAAGAGCUACCAUGAUGAUCUGAGUGAGACUAGUAAACGUACUUUGCGUUUCCAGGGUGGGGGGUUCACUGAAGACCAGGUCGCCGAGGCACAGAAAGACCCAUGGCUCGAGGCCAAGUUAGCCGUGAGACGGUGGGAUGACUUAGCCAAGAAGCCGGAUUUGACUGUGCCUCCGCUGGAGCUGUAUGAAGAGAUGGCUUACGAAUGCCUUUUGAAAUCCCGAUCCAAGUUCAGGCUGCACUCGAAAGAAUACCGCACCCCCACUCAAGAAACUGUGGUAAUUUGCAUCGACGGUUUCGACCCCGAGUAUCUGCGCUCGGGCUUUGCAAGAGCUCUUCUGCCCAACUUCAAGAAGCUGAUCGACAAUGGGUUCCAUGCUACAGCGAAAAGCUGUAUGCCGUCAUUCACCAAUCCCAACAACGUCUCCAUCAUCACCGGUGCACCCCCCUCUGUUCAUGGAAUCGCAGGGAACUUCUUCCUUGACCGCGAGACCGGCGAAGAAAAGAUGAUCACGGACGAUUCUUUGCUCAGAGGAUCUACACUGCUCGAGCAAAUGUACCGGCGAGGUGUUCGUAUCGCCGCUAUCACUGCCAAGGACAAGCUGCGCAAGAUCCUUGCCCAUGGUCUAAAGAGUGGUGCCAUCUGUUUCUCCGCAGAGCGUGCGGCUGAAUGUACCCUUGAAGAUAACGGCAUCGCUGAUGUUGAGAAGUGGCUUGGCCAGCCAGCUCCAAGCCAGUAUUCUGGGACAUUGUCGUUGUUCGUGCUGGAUGCGGGUAUCAAAUUGCUGCAAGAGAAGAGGUCGGACUUCCUUUAUCUGACUUUAUCCGACUACAUCCAGCACAAGUAUGCGCCUGGCAGUAAAGAGGCUGAUGACUUUAUGGGUGCAAUUGACGAGCGACUGGGAAAUCUCAUGGGGUUGGCUUCCGUUGUGGGCGUCACUGGCGACCACGGAAUGAGCCAAAAGUCGAACGAGGCCGGAGAGCCCAAUGUACUGUUUCUCGAGGAAGCUCUCAACGAGAAAUUCGGCGCUGAUGCAUCCCGGGUCAUCUGCCCCAUCACAGACCCAUUCGUCAGACACCAUGGUGCGCUGGGCUCCUUUGUGCGUGUCUAUCUGAAAGAUCUCUCGCAGCUAAAGCUUAUGCUUUCGCAUUGCUGCUCUCUUCCCGAAGUCGAGGAAGCUCUGAGCGGAGAAGAUGCAGCACGGAAGUACGAAAUGCCCGUUGAUCGCGAAGGCGACAUUGUGGUAAUUUCCAAAUCCCAUGCCGUGAUUGGAAGCAAAAAGGCCGAUCAUGAUCUUUCCAACGUGAAAGACCACCCCUUACGAUCACACGGCGGUCUCAGCGAGCAAGACAUUCCCGUUAUCAUGUCGAAACCUCGGGUACCAGCAAAGGCAGCCCCGGUAAAGCAGUGGAGAAACUACGACAUCUUUGAUCUUGUGCUCAAUUGGUCGUCAUGA